AUCGUCCAAGUGAUUCUAAAGAUAUGUAUUAUUAAUCAAAAGGAAAAAGAACGGAGAAAGCCUGGAUAGUCGUUGAUAACCGUUCAUAGCUGGUCACACUGCUCCACGCGCGAUUGAUGCCGCGGCGGGGGCGGCUCAGUUCCAUCAAGCUUUGAACAAUAGUGGGGAGAUAGUAAACGUUGCUUCAGAUUACUUCAGAAUCGGCAUGUGCAUUUCGUUGCGAGCAGUGGUCUUUCUUUGUCUGAUCACAAAACUCGUGUGCUUUCAGUAGUGGUAAAUGUUAGAUUUCAGUGCUUAUGAUGCAUCUCAACUGUUAGAAGUGUUAAUGGCGAAUAUUGUCAUAAAAGAAUUAUUACGUUUGAUGCUAUUGUGCAUUGUUAUUGCGCAUGUGUAAGGAUUUCUGUGGCAGUAGGUGCCGUUGGUGGUAGCGACAUCACUCAACACGUGUAAACAAAGAUAGCCGGACAACAGUGAAGAAAAGUGUAUGAAACAUGCGGAAUCGUUGCAUAUCCAUGCUCAUAAGAUUAACAGGUUUAUCGUAAAAACCUUAUAUGAAACCAUAUAUGAAUAAAAAACAGGAGAAAAACAGGAAGGAGAGACAGCUUUCUUCACAUCUGAGUUUCUCUCAAAGAUGGAUUACGUGCUGAAACGAUUGAACGAGAAGGAUGAUCGGCCCAUUGUCCUUAAUGAGCGUAGUCGUUCUUAUACUUGUGGUAGGGGCCAAGAAAAUGAUAUCAUUUGCUUUAGUUUGCAUGUAUCUCGUAGACAUUGUAUUUUUUUUCGAGACAAUGAGAACUUGUAUAUCACGGACUUGCGGAGUGCAAAUGGCGUUUUUGUUAAUGGAGAGGAAAAACAGCCUUAUCAAAUGAUCAGAUUAAAUGAUAACGAUGUCAUUGGAAUUGGUUGUCCAAAUAUUGAUCCAAGUAACGAUGCACUGUACACUUAUAAUGUUUGCACCGUUAAGUCACCCAUUUUUGAUGAAGAAGAAAUCGCAUCACAUACAAUUUCUGUCAAUAAUACAUUGAAAGAAAAUAUAUCUGCUUCUUCUGCAAAUCAUUCUUGUAGAAAAAGAUCUGGAUCAAUAUGUGAUAAUGAAACGAUAAGACCAAAUAAAGUACAUAAACAUGAUUCUAAUGUUAAUUCUUCAAAAGGAAUGAAUUCUAAUUUAUCUCCUGAUAAUCAGCGAUCACACAACAGUAACAGUACUAAUAAUUUAGAAACUAAAUAUGAUACUAUAGAUAUAAGUGAAGAAGAUGAUGAUAUUGAAAUAAUUCAUGCAUCACUAGCAAAAGAAGUAAAGAAUAAUACUGAGAAUUUUAAUCUUAAAUCUACAAAACAUUUAAAUGACACUAGCAAAUCGGAUUGUAAGAAAAUGAAUGUUUCUAAUACUGAAAAUAACAAUGAUGGUGAUGUUAAUUAUGGAGAGAACUCAAAAAAUGUUAUAUGUACGGAUAAUCAAAGCAUUAAAUAUGAAAUGGAACUACAAAUAACAGAUGAUGAAGGGGCAAACGAGGCAGCUGUUGAGCACAAUAAAUCAUCGAACAAAUUAAAGAAAAAAGUAAAACAUGAACCAAAUACGCGAUUUUCAGUUAUGGAUGUUGUUGAUCUGAGUGACAGUGAGGAAGGGAUAUUUCCAUGUUCCCAGUUAUUUGAUAUUAAAUGCGAAGAUAAUACAGAAAAUCAAGUAGAGAAUAAGCAGGAAUGUGUCAACGAUGAUGAACCAAAUACCGAGAGUAUUGGUGUAUUAUAUGUCGACGAUGAAGUCAUUAUUUUAACGGAUAACGAAGAUGAAGAUGAUGAUAAUCCAUGGUUGGAACGAUUAUCUAGAAGUCAGUUACUUAACGAGGAUGUAAAGCCUGUCUUGUGUGAUGGGAUCGUAAAGGAUGAAAUUGAUUUGGGAAUUUGGACUGAUGAGGAUAUAGAUGAACAAUCCAAAACAUCGUGUACUUCUCAAGUUUCUUGCAAUAAAGAAACGUCUCAUGAACCACGUGCAAGCGUUAGUGUUAAAGCUAAACGCAAAGAAAAUAAUUAUAAUACUAAUUUACCGACAACAGAAGAGAACGCGAUGUAUGUAGAGGCCAGUCUUUUUAAUAAAUCUGUUACGAAAGAUAUUGAUAAAAGCAAACAAACUGAUUUGAAUAUUGAUGAUAAAAGCGACAACGUUGAAACUAAAAACAAAAAGGAUGAUUGUACUAUUAAUUUACCAAUGACAGAAGUAGAUCCAAUGGAUGUUGACGAUACUAGUCUUUCUAAUAAAUUUAGGAAAGAUAUUGAUAAAAGCAAUCAAUUUGACAUUAAUAUUAAUAACAAAAGCCACGAUGUUACAACUAAAAACAAAAAGAAUGAUAAUACUAAUUUGCCGAUAACACAAUUAGAAGCAAUGGAUGUAGACAAAGAUCUUUUUAGUAAGGCUAGCACGAAAGGCAAACAGAUUACUGAUAAGAAAAGCAAACAAAAAACAGAUCAUAGUAUUAAUUUACCGACAACACAAGUAGAAGCAAUGGAUAUAGACAAAGCUCCUUUUAGUGAGGCUAGCACGAAAAGCAAACAGAUUACUGAAGUGGAUUCGAUGGAUGUCGACGAGGCUAGUCCUUCUAAUGAAUUUAUUACGAAAGAUGUUGAUAAAAGCAAUCAAAUUGAUGUUAAUAUUAAUGACAAAAGCCACGAUGUUAAAAUUAAAAACAAUAAGAAAGAUAAUACUAAUUUGCCGACAACACAAGUAGAAGCAAUGGAUGUAGACAAAGAUCCUUCUAGUAAGGCUAGCACGAAAGGCAAAAAGAUUAUUGAUAAGAAAAACAAACAAAAAGCAGAUGCGAAAAAAGAUAUAGAAUCAGAUAAGCAAACAAUAGAAAGUGUGAAGCAAAAAUUACUUGCAAAGUCAGUAACCAAAAGACAGAUUCCAAUAAUAGAACCAUUAUGUUUAUCUUCAAGAAAAAGGCGAUCUGAGCAAAGCAAAGAUAAAACAACAAAAGUACGUGACACUUCACAAUCAAAAUUAACAGAAGAACAGAAUGUGUCGAAAUUAAAAGAAAAAAUUAAUGAUAACUUUUAUGCUAAGGAACAAAAGCAUCGCAAGGAGAAAUCUAAAUCUGCGGUUGACAGUCACUUAUCAAAUGAAAUAAAACCUGGAUCAUCAAUUUCUAAGGACGAAAAAAAGAAAAUAAUCGAACAGAGAAAGAUGAAGUUAAAGGAGAUUGCUGCGGAAGAGAAGAGACCGUCUGCUGAAAACGAUCAAAGUAUUAAACGUAGAAAUAAACCGAGAGCUAAAAUAUCUUUAAAAAAUCGUGGCGACUUUCUUAUUGAGCAAGAAUCACAAGUAUCUAAAUCGCUUCCAGAUAAAUCUGCAAAAUCACCAAAAUUGAAUGAAGAUCGAGCACCACAAACAUCUAAAUCGCUUCCAGAUAAAUCCGCAAAAUUACCAAAAUUGAAUGAAGAUCGAGAACCACAAGCAUCUAAGUCGCUUACAGAUAAAUCCAUAAAAUCGAGUGAUGAUCAAUCAAAGCGAUCGUCGGACAAAGACAUGAUAAAAAAGUCCAGGACUUCCAACAAGAAAACACAAGAAUUGCGUCAGAAAAUAGAUGUUUCUAAGAAUACAGUAAACAAUAUUACUGCAUCAUUGCGACAAUCCUUACAUUUAGAUGACAUAAGCACUCCGUCUGGACAACGCAUACUGGAUUCCAAAGUAACCGGUGAUAAAAAGAAACACAGUAGUAAGGAUAGCACAAAAGGUAAUGACGUGAAUGUCAAUCCUAAUAUCAAAGUAUCAGAAUCCCAAAAUAGGUUAAUUGAACACCGUUCUGGGAUGCAAAAAGAAAAUUUCUCACCAAACAAUUUAAAACCAGCACUCGUGAAAUCUAGCAAGAAACCUCAGAACAAAAAAAGAGUGUCUUUUUCUAACAAAUUGGAAACACGGGAGUUUCAAAUUGAUCACAGCAAUACUUUAAAUAAAUUGGUGGGGAAAGAUGCACCUAUACCCACAAAUAAAUUAACAAGGACAAAAUCCGUAACUUAUUCAACUUUUGAAACCCAUAAACCGAUUCAAACUCCGAAAUUGGAGGAGUUCUUGGGGCGCAUUUUUAGGUGGAAUCCUGUAUGGCUCGAAGAGCAACGCUACAACCGAUGGGUUGAUCCACCGAUAGUGUCAGAGAAUGAACUUCACUGUAUGAAACUAUCUUACGAUUCCUAUAAACAGUAUUAUGAUGUUGCGAUGCCUCUCUUGUUACUAGAGAUGUGGUGUAUCAUGACAAAAGAUUUUGAAGAGAGUCACAAAAAUAAGAAACGACGUACCGUAAUGUGUUCUACAAUCGAGAAUUCUAGUAUGCGUACCCCGAUACCAUCAACCGGUUUAUUCCUGACUACAUUGUCUCUUGAGGCACUAGUCAGUAAAGAAGAUUUAAAUAAACAAACUCAUCCUAUUUAUGGAGAUUUGGUAUGUUUUGAAUACUUUAGAACCACAAACGGAAAACAAAGCUGCCAUAGAAUAUUUGCAUACAUCAACAAUAUGCAGUAUACGGUUAUCAAAAACUUUACACAUUAUAAUAGGGAUUUAAGGAAUCACGUCGACAAUCCACAUGCUGUGUUAACGUACACUUUACUGACGCGGCCUCUCGAGUAUAACAUCCCUGUAAAUACUGUGCAAAGGAUCAGAACGGUCAUGUAUUUACGGUCGAAUAUCAGAAUGGUGCAGGCAUUACAAUACCUUCCUCACUCACCUUUGAUGGAAUUUAUUGUGAAUCCACAGAUUGAGAAAUAUCAGUUAACACCCUUCAAUAAUCAAUACACAUCUUCCUCGUUAGUAACAAAAGCUGAUUUAAAUCAAAAGCAAUUGGAGGCCGUAUUUAGAGUCACAGACACUGUACUAAAGAAAGAGGCAAAAUUGUGCUUCAUUCAGGGCCCGCCGGGGACAGGCAAGACCAAAGUUAUCGUGAAUCUGGUAACUCAGAUAUUAUUUGGUGAAGGUCAAGACAAAAAAUCUUCGAGAAUCCUAAUUUGUGCACCGUCCAAUACCGCUAUCGAUGAAAUUGUGAUAAGACUUUUAAAUAUCAGGUCCACUCUCAAACAGAAACGUUUUAAGAUGGUACGCAUUGGGCAAUUAGAUUCUAUGCAUCCAAAGGUUAGAAACAUUUCCGUGACAGAAUUGGCAGAACGACAUCUAAUGCAUUUAAUUAAAUCACAAAUGACACAUCAAUUAAAUAGUAGUCCCAUUUGCACUAAAGACAUUUCGAUUUUACAUGCGCGUAUUAAAUCACUUGAAACCGAGCUUGAAAGUAUCCAAAAUGACGAAAACAAAAGGAAAUCACUGAGGCGUGAACUACUUGAAACGUCGAUGCAGUGUGAAUUUUUAAAAUCUGGUAAAUCGAUAGAAGAGUUCAAUCUGAAGGAUCGCGUCAAAUCUCAACGUGUGGCAGAAAACCUAAUACUCACAGGUGCCAAUAUAAUUGCCUGUACACUUUCGUCUUGUUACACCAACCAAAUGGAGUCAAUCUUUGGUGGUCACAAAGAAAGGAUAUCUGUAUGCAUUGUCGAUGAAGCGACGCAGAGCUGCGAAGCAGAGACUCUGAUACCAUUGAUGUUAGGAGUGAAUACAUUGGUUUUAGUGGGCGAUCCGAAUCAAUUACCCGCAACCAUUUUAAGCCAACGCGCAAAGAAGUUGGGACUAGAUCAAUCGGUAUUUUCGAGAAUACAAAACGUCUUUGCGUCUCAAUUGAACAGUCCAAUUAUCAUGUUGAACACACAAUAUCGUAUGGAUUAUGCAAUCUCAUAUUGGCCGAAUAAAUAUUUUUAUGGCGGAAGAUUGAAAAAUUUUACGGAUUUUAAAAAGAAUUUUCCAUUUCAUGCCUAUAGAGUGUUAAAUCAUAAUUUCACUCAGAAUGACGAUAAAUUUUCCAACACCACUGAAGCGGAAUUUGUAGCCAAUAUAAUUUUUACCAUGCUAAUGUAUAUAAAAUGGGAAACAAGUGAACAUAUUACGCUCGGAGUUCUCACGCCGUACAAUAAUCAACGGAAUCUUGUGCUAAAUAAAAUAAAUGAAAAGAUUUCUACUGUACCAGAUAAAAUAAAAAAGAAAAUUGAAUUUGAAGUUAACACUGUUGAUGGUUUCCAAGGUCAAGAGCGAGAUGUUAUAAUAAUGUCCUGCGUGAGAAGUAGUGGUAUUGGAUUUUUAUCGGACAAACAAAGGCUUUGUGUAGCUCUUACAAGAGCUAAGCAUAGUUUGAUAUUAUGUGGACAUUUUGUUACUUUCAAGAGGGAUCCAAUGUGGAGAGCAUUAAUAACUGAUGCACAAAGUCGUGGAAUUUUUAGCGAUAUAGAUGCUAACGCGACACCGGCCAUGAUUAAAAAAUGUAUUAUUAAGAAUUAGUAUGUAAAGUUUUUUGAUAUAUUUAACAUUUCGAGUAACUAUUUUUUUUAUACGUUUUGUAUAUUUUGUAAAUACUUAGGCUAAAUUUCAGUAUUCAAGUAUAAUGGAUCCAAUGAAAAAUGUACUAUUAAAGUGACCACUAUAUUUGAUUCUUUUUGAAUAUCUUAAAAUCAUAAUGCCUUAGAAUUAUAGUUAUAAAGUUCGUGAAAUUGAGCACGGAAUUGGAAAAAAGAGAAGUCCUUUUUUAAAACAUUUAUAAAGUAUAUAAAAAAUUGUAAAGUUGUCUUAAACAUUUUUGCUAUCAUUGGUAGAAAUUAAUGUCAUUUUGACUAGGAAGUUUUCAUUGGGUUAGUAUGAGCAUAUAAAAUAUAAUCAAUGUUAUUAACUUUUCAAAUGUUUAACAUGAACAUAAUCUAUUGUAAGUUGUAUAGAAAAAGAUUGUUAUUCAACCGUUAAGGUCCAAUCUUUAAAAGAAAGAAUUGAUAAAGUGUUUCAAUAAAUUGAUUAUGAAAUCAGUAACGGAUGAUACGGCAUCUACUGAAAUAUCUAAUAUAUCAUCAAUUUACUAAAAUAUCAUUAGUUACUGAUAUAGGUUAUUGAAAGAGUUUUUUUUUCUUUAAAAGAAUAAAAAAUUUUCACAGGAAUACAGUGCAAAGCUAGAGUCUUAGCUGAAAAACAAUCUUUAUGGACCUGUCAUGUGCCUAAAAAACAUGAAAAUUUUCGACUUACUAACAUGAAAGCUUCCAAUUUUACUUAUAAACUUUAUUUUUAAUAUUUCUACUAUUUUUUUGUUAUUGAUCGGAUUAAAUAAAAAAUGAGCAUUUUGAAUUUGAUUGAUCAUAACUCCGUUGUAAAAAUCAUUGUACCGCAAUUAAAACAGUCUUAAAACUCAAAAAUUUUGUCCUAUCAAAUGGUAUAAUUGCUAAAUUUUUUUAAACAUGUAGAUAAAAUAAAUGAAUCAAAAUAAAAAAAUUAACGAUUUUUCUCCUUUUAAUGUUGAAUCAAGAAACAUUUAUGUAGAACAACAAAAAAAUUUACUACUUCACAUUUCUUUGUACUUUAAGUACCCUGAUUUUUAAAAAAUUCUCGAAUAAUUGUGAGAUUUUUUUUUAGUGGCUACUGGUUUUAUGGAGUAAAACAUACAAAAAA